AUGGCGCGACUCAACGAGCCGCCGAUAGCAAACCAGCCAUCGGCGGAAACAAUCGAAGCUGUGAAGCGACGCUUUCUCCGACAAAACCGCGAACUCGCAAAGACAAACUCGACACAAUCCAUACGCAUCCGCAGCCUCGAAAAUGACUGCUCGCGACUCCUUGCUGAGAAUCUGGCGCUGCGCGAGCAGGUCCUGAGCCUCCACAACACUGUCGAAUCGCGUCCAGCUUUGGACCACAUUGAUGCUGUCAAAUUGCAGCUCGAAGCUAAGAUACAGGAGCUAGGAGGCCUGGUGGCGGGUCUAACGCAAAUGAAGGGUGGACGCGACAAGGACCCAGGCAGGCGGCAAAGCCAACUGCUAGCAAAGAGGAGGAGUCCAGAAGAAAGACAGUGGAGGAGCGGGUUGGGCCUGCAGGAGGUGGAGAAUGCGAUGCUGCCCACCAUCACAGAGGACAAAUUUUAUCCUCGAAGGACCAUGGGCGCGGACGAGCUCCAGCAAGUGCCAGAAGACGCCGAAAGCCACUCACCAGAUAUUGGUCCACCCCCUGUAUCGCGGUUCGAGACUGAAGAUCCCGUCGGUUUUGACCCCGGUCCCGCCACCGAAGAGCCACUGGAGGAUAUGGUUGAGGAUAGCGAGCAGCCACUAUCAGUCAAUCUCGAGACGCGUAAGAAGCGUCGCGAAAGUGGACCGAAGCUGAGCAUACGUCGCGUGUCCGUAUUUGAAUCUCCAGAGGAGACGGAAGAGGUGCCCGCGAAGCCUGUACGUACAGGAGCUAAGCGGAAGUUUAGUGUUCAGGAGGAUGAAGAUGCCAGUCAAGCCAAGGGUGAUGCCUUUAGGUUUUCACGUCGCAACGGCUCAGAAACCGAGGCUUCGAAUGAAGAGUCGAAGCCGUCUUUGGAGCGGUUGCCUGUUCUCUCAGCCAAACCCGUCAACACCGACCCUUGCGUGUCGCCAAAGAAACAACGCUCCUCCUUCCAAGAAAAACCAGAAAAGCCACUGAAGCCAGAGAAGUCAACUUCCAAAGUUCGCGGCCGCCCUCGACUCAACAUCACCCGUAAUGCCACGCCGGAGCUCACGUCUAUGCCCAUGCCAGAGCCUGUGCCUACUGCCGAGAUUGUCCUCGACUCCCUUCCCCCAAAGACUCCAGCCGCAGAGGCUGUCAUCUCCCCACCAUCAACUGAACCAUCGACCCAACGACCCGAAAACAAGGAUACGCCACCACCAGGCGACCUCUCUUCGGCAGAUCAAACUGGACAAUCUGGGCGACCUGGGCGACGAGCGCGCCCCCAAGUUAGCUACAAAGAGCCAAGCCUUAAUGUGAAGAUGCGACGCCCAGACGCAAAACUUGUCGAUGCCGUAGUCGAGCGGCGGACGAGCGUUGAAACCUACAAUGCUCCUUCGACGAUUGUCAAGCGCGAGGCUAACGGCGACAUUGCCUGGAAGCCCGUGUCUGCUGUACCCGGGGGUGCAGCCGAGGAGGAGGCCGAGGCAGGGAGUCCGCUGAGACAAAAAAUGGACAGGAGAGAUCAGGAUUCUAAAGCAUCAACUGCACUGGCUGAGCCAGAAGAACAAUCAGCGACGUCGAAAGCGAUAUCCGCCCUCAUCAGCGAAACAAGCACCGCUAAACGGAAGAUGGGUGCUUCUACAGCAAGAGCCGCUCCCGAAUCUACUGCGGCCAAGGACGCUUCUGUUCCAGCAGACACAAUUGCCAUAAAGCAAGAAUCACGCGAAAAAGACAAUCUAGCCGUUUUCGAUUUCACAGACUCUCCACCUGCUGAGGCCACCACCAGCCAACGUACACGUGUCACUGAACUCGCAAAGGCGGCCCGGACUGCGCGCCGACACUCUGCUAUGCCCGCACCUGGAGCUUCCUCUGGGCUUGAUGAGCGAAAGACUGAGAAAGAGAGGACAGAAGGGGCGCUACCUUUGCUCCACAAGCGCGUGGGAAGCGGGGGCGUAAAAAGUAGUAGUACUUCAAGCUUAGCCAGGAGUUCUAGUACUAACGGCGUCGCCAGGGGUACGUUGAGUGCUCGAACAACAGGCGUCAAGGAGAAGAAGUCUACCGGUAUGGCUGGGCUUUCUGCCGCCGCCGCCAGCAUCGAUAAUGAUGAUGCUGCUGCUGAGCCAAAAGCGCGGAGUGGAGAGAGAGAAACGAGCGCACUCCGGGCUGAGCGGGCGGCCAGCAGACGAAAGAGCAUGAUACUUUAAUGACGAGAAGUAAGCGUGCCAUGUUUGUGUCUGUAGGAGUUGGGGGGAAAGGGCGUUGGUAUGGUCUGAUGUUUAGACUUGACCUUGGAUGAUGGGCGUUUUUUCGCAUAUGAUACCUAGAC